AUGAUUCAACUGGAGUGUCCUCUUAACAAAAAACAAAAGGUCUCGGUGAUAAGAGACUUUCCACAUGGUUGUGGUACUCAAUAUUCUGUUAAGAAUCAGAGAUGUGGGGUCGGUAGUGAAGCUGUUGCGGUCACAAUUGAGAAAAGAGAAAAUUUGAAUGUUUCUGAAGUUGUUGGUGUUGCUUAUCAGAAUAACCAUCAUAAGGAAGUUGAAUCGGUUGAUAUGAAGAAAGCAGGAUUCAGUGUAGUAAGUAAUGGCAGUGUCGGGAGCAGAAGUUUUGUUUCAGCAAAGAGGAAGUUUUCUUCUUGUCGUGGAAGUAAGGUUAAACUUUUAAGUAUGGAGGAAAGUAUUGAGCUAAUUGAUUCUCAGAGGACAAGAGGACAAGUUUCAUAUACUUCUCGUAGCAAUCAGAGAAAGCCUUUGCAGAAACAGAAAAACUCUCUGAAGAAAAAUAAGAAGAAGAAGAUUCUGAGUAAUGGAGAUGCAUUCAGAGCAAAGACUCAUAAACAAACUCAAGACAGACAGCCAAACAAACUCACUGGACUCAACCAAGCCAUGCAACAAAACAGGAUUAACAAAGUUCUUAGCCCACGAGAGAAAGUUCUCGAGGUGUUGCAUAGAUAUCAACUUGUGUUUAAUGAGCUGGAUCGGGAGAAGGCAGAGCGGAGUGGAGAACCAAAGAUUGCAAGGAGUCAGAUAGAUUUAAAGACAAGGGCUAUUCUCAUAAAAGAAGGGGAGCAAGUGAACAGUCAAAAGAUGAUUGGACCAGUCCCUGGAAUCGAAGUUGGUGAUGAGUUUGAAUACAAAUCAGUACUCAGCUUGAUCGGUCUCCAUUUCGACCUCAUGGGAGGGAUUGAUUACAUGUGCAGAGGAAACUUGAAACUAGCUACGAGCAUUGUAUCAUCGGAAGAUAAUGGUUACAAUGACAGAUUCGUGUCUGAUGUGAUCAUUUACACCGGAGAAGGAGGUUACAUGAUGACCAAGGAUCAUGAAGUAGUUAAAGAUCAGCAGCUGGUUAAUGGCAACGAGGCUCUAGCUAAUAGCAUGAAGGAAAAGACUCCAGUGAGACUGAUACGUGGAGAGAAGAGAUUGAAACAGAGUGGAAAGAAGGUGUAUGUCUAUGAUGGGUUGUAUUGGGUUAAUGAUUAUUGGAAAGAGAGAGAAGUUAAAGGUAAUAUUGUGUUUAAGUUUAAACUUUGUAGGAUUUCUGGUCAACCUCAUGUCCACUUGAAACAUCGGUGUGAAAUGAAAAGAGUAUCAUCAGAUCAGCUUCAGUUUCCUGGUGCUGAAUCUGAUGAGGAAGAGGAUGAGAUGGUCGACGGUUCGCCAAGUGAGGCGAAUAAGGCUCAUCUCGAUGGUGUGGAGGUCGCGAGUCUCCAUGGUUGUGGUUCGGAUGAUCUGGCCAAACUAGAUGAUUGGAAUCACGCCUGGAAGGUGAUUCACAUGCACAGGGAGCUUCACACAGGUUGCAAAACCUUCGCUCAGGGGUAG